AUGGUAAAUUUUUAUGAUGACGUGGAUGAGUCGAAAUCACACGGUGAAUUCCCAUUAAUACCCGUUGUGCUUCAAAAUUCAUCAGAGCUAUCAGUCAGAACUAUACCUACCGGGAAUGAAAUCAUUGAGUCAGUGCACCUGACCAAAUGGUUACGGAAAUAUAGAAACGCACUUGCCAGUCAACUAGAUCGUUAUGAGAAGGGGUGGCAAUCCAAGAUAGCCAACUUUAGGCUCCAGGUCCAACAUGUUAUCAAUUAUUCGAGAAAGAAUAUUUUCAAUGUUGAUUCUGAAAAUAAACAUACUGUGGUCCCGGGGUCAUUAAUAGCGUUAGGUGCCUUUUUUGCUGGAAGCAUAGCUGUGAACAGGUCUAAUUGGGGAGCUAAAAGGUUGAUAUUUGGUCACAAAUCUAGUAUCCUCGAGAAACUAUGUACGUCAUUGCCAUCUAGGAUAUUGUUACCAUGGGUAUUGGCAGCAGCUACAUUCAAGUAUUGGGCUCCACAGACAUCACAGAAUUUGGUCAAUGCCACUGAAAAUGAUUUACUGCCAGCUGAUUUCGUCAAGUCAUAUCACAAUACUUGGAAACGAAUUUAUGAGGAAGGAUAUGUUGCCAAGAAAUGUGAUUUAAAACGUCAAAUCGAUCAGACAUUACAAAAAAAUAUAAGGUAUGCAAGGGAACAGCUUUAUGAAAAGUUGGAGCAAGCAUGA